AUGGUCGAUUUUAAAAAGAAGCAAACCACCAGAAUUGUUGUACGAAGUUCUCGAAAAGACGUUUCAUCAGUGCCACAACGAGAGCUCAAAAAGCGUAAGAGUGUACACUUUGAAGAGGAAAUAUGCGAGGGUGCAGUGGCAACAUCCCAAUUUGUGACAAAAACUAAUCGUGAAUGGACAUUUGUUGCAACGAGCUUUGAUCUCCCACACGAGAAUCGUGUCGUGAAGCGAGAGGCAGGAGACAAAGAACUUCUAGUUCUCUGUAACUACUCCGACAGUAGCGAAGAUGUUCCAGAUUUCGAUGAUGAUUCUGACGACCAAAUCCCUUUCAAUAUUUUUGCUGAGCAAGGGAUGCGUAUAUCAUGGCAAUCAGGAACGAACAGUUCGAGUGUUAGCACGCUCCGUAUUACAAGUAUGCUUCGAAUAGAGAGCUGCCGACAAGAUAUUUCGCCCUUCGAAGAAUCUGAAAACAUCCGUCGAUCAAGCUACUCCAGUGGAAACGACGACAUAGAAAAGGCUUUUCAAGGAAGUUUAUCAUGUUCGAAUGGUAAAAAACAUAGCAGAUCCCGAAAUCCAUCCACAACUGAGAAAAAUGACGAUUUCGAAAGUGGAGACUUUUGGGACAUCGUCGAAUUCUAA